AGCCUGCAGCUGAGGCGCAGCAGCCUACGCAUGGGGAAAAUGAUGAACAGCAGCAGCAACAGGGGAAGUAGGAGCGAGGCUACCCAUCCAGAUGCUUGGCCCCGCAGCCCAGCUCCUCUGAACAUGAACCACUAUGCCAAUAAGAAGAGCGCAGCUGAGAGCAUGCUGGACGUGGCUCUGCUGAUGGCCAAUGCCUCCCAGCUGAAGGCGGUGCUGGAUCAGGGGCCAAACUUCUCCUUUUACACCCCCACCAUCACCCUAAUUAGCAUCUCUCUCUGUCUGCAGGUCACAGUUGGGAUCCUGCUUAUCUUCAUAGUUCGAUGGAACCUGAAUGAUGAGCAAAAACACUGGAGGCUGAACUUUAUGGAAAACUUGACCACAGGUCUGGUUUUUAUCAUCGUGGUGGUUAAUGUCUUCAUCACAGCCUUUGGAGUCCACCGACCAAAACACAGCAACUGAUCAAGAACAAGCAGGGAAGACAGAGGCAGAAAGUGUUGCUCAGUGCAGCAAAUCUCCAGAGAUCAGACACUUGAACUCUCCUCCACCGCUGUG